AAAUGCCCUUCCCUAUUCCAUUGAAUAGCAUCAUAACUACUCCAUUUUGUUCGAUUAUUGAUGAUAAGACAGCAAUGAGAUGAAUAUAUAAUUAGAAUAAUGCUACUCCCUCUACUGAGUUUUGAAAUGAGUGCACCAUAUUUUACAUGAAGAGAAAAUAGAUGUUAGAUUAUGUUUAGACUCCCCCACCACUAAGUAUAUGCCAAUUGGAGAGUGGCCCAGUUGGUAUAUAGAUGGAUGUGAGGACAAACAGUGCAGAAUAUUUAUAAGUUGGAAUUUCUUCGGUGAUUGGACUUUUCAUUUAAGCAUCAUUUCCUUUUUGGCACUAUAAAUUGAAUUAUGUAGCAACUCAAGUGUAGCAUUAGAAAUAGAAGAGAAUGGAGGUAGAGGAGGGCGAUUUCAAUCUCAAGGAAUGGGGUGUUAGAGCAAGAAGGAUCAGCCGCGAAAACACCAAAUCGAGAAGAUUCUCAGCUUCAAAUUUGAAGAGUUUGAGAGAAGAAGCAGCCUCGUUUCGAUCAAACGUCACCGUUUCCAGCACUGCUUCCUCCCCUGGGUACAUCGCCGUCAGAGAGGAGAUCGACCCUUCCACAUAUUCCUUCACAACUGCGCUCAGAGCAUUGCAAGCAAAAACAGUGUACACAUGGGAGGUGCAGGGUCGAGAUGGAUUGACUCUGAACUCGAAAUGGAACGAAGCAGAAAAAUACAUAAGCAAUCCUCUUUCAGGGGAAGUCCCUUUGGAGUGUUUAUCGGCAAAAACACUAAGCGGCAGAUCCUUCCGCAGAAUGACCAUGUCUGCGCCGCUCAUCUACCCUUCUCAAAUGCACCACUUCCCUCCCAACAACGAACACGAACACGAACACGAACACGACAUCACAUCCGCCGUGAUUCGAGCAGAGAAGAUUAAGAAGAUGAGGACGCGUGACGUGGGGACUCAAAGCACGCCUAUAGAUCUGAGCUCGAGCAGCCCGAGCCCUGCGCCCACUCCUUCCAUCGAAGAAAGAUCCAUAAAGAUGAGGAGUGAGGCAGAAGCUGGAGAUUCGUCUGUUUCCUUCAAAUCGGACACAGAGUGCAUGCAGGUAGAAGUGAAGGAAACAGGAGAGAGAGAAGAAAAUGGAGGAGAGAGAAAGAAGCAAUGGGGGAUGGGAUGCUACUGCGUAUCGUUGAGGGGUUUGUGGAUGAGAACGCAAAGGCAGAAAGAGAAACACAAAAUGAGAACAAACAAUACCACCUUUCUUCACCAACUCAAUGCCUAGCCCUAGCUGCUCCAAACAAUCAAUCUUUGUCACAAAAUAGAAAGAUUCUCCAUUGCCUUCAACUCUUCUCCUACUUACCUUUUUUCAUAUUGCACAUUAAUUAUUAUUCCCUCAUCAUUGAAAAAAUGAAAAUCAUUCAUAUUAUCCAUGUUAAUUAUAUAUGUCGAUCGGCGUACGUAAAUAAAUGUUUACCAUG